GGGGCUCCGCCCGGCUGAGCCGCUGCCGCUGGUGUUCUGAGGAAGCCGAGGCGCGGGGCCCGAAGCCGAGAGGAACCUGGACGGCGUCGGGCGCGAGGGCGGGCGUCCCCGGAGUCGUAGCGCGGGAGUCGGCCGCCGGCACUCGGCCUCCCUACUUGCAGGUUCCCUCCGGGGACGCGGGAGAGCCCGGAGCGCGGCGGGGGUGCGAGGUGGAGCAGGCGGGGGCGGCCAAUGCGAAACUGGCUGGUGCUGCUGUGCCCGUGUGUGCUCGGGGCCGCGCUGCACCUCUGGCUGCGGCUGCGCUCCCCGCCGCCCGCCCGCGCCUCGGGGGCCGGCCGGGCAGAUUGGUUGGCCUUACUUCCCCAGUGGAAAUCUAGUCAUUAUGAUGUGGUAGUUGGUGUGCUGUCAGCCCGCAAUAACCAUGAACUUCGCAAUGUGAUAAGAAGCACCUGGCUGAAGCAUUUAGUACAACACCCAGCAUUAAGUCAACGUGUGCUUGUGAAGUUCAUAAUAGGUGCUCAUGGCUGUGAGGUGCCUGUGGAAGACAGGGAAGAUCCUUAUUCCUGCAAACUACUCAACAUCACGAAUCCAGUUUUGAAUCAGGAAAUUGAGGCGUUCAGUCUUUUGGAAGACACUUCAUCAGGGCUCUCUGAGGACCGAGUUGUCAGCGUGAGCUUCCGAGUUCUCUAUCCAAUCGUUAUUACCAGCCUCGGGGUGUUUUAUGAUGCCAAUGAUGUGGGUUUCCAGAGGAACAUCACCGUCAAGCUUUAUCAAGCAGAACAGGAGGAGGCCCUCUUCAUUGCUCGCUUCAGUCCUCCGAGCUGUGGUGUGCAGGUGAACAAGCUGUGGUACAAGCCUGUGGAGCAGUUCAUCUUACCAGAGAGCUUUGAAGGUACAGUCGUGUGGGAGAGCCAAGACCUCCAAGGCCUUGUGUCAAGAAAUCUCCACAAAGUGACAGUCAAUGAUGGGGGAGGAGUUCUCAGAGUCAUAACAGCUGGGGAGGGUGCCUUGCCUCAUGAAUUCAUGGAAGGUGUGGAGGGAGUUGCAGGUGGCUUUCUUUAUACUAUUCAGGAAGGUGAUGCUCUCUUAAAAAAUCUUCAUUCUCGCCCUCGAAGACUUCUUGAUCAUAUAAGCAAUCUCCACGAGGAGGAUGCCUUACUGGAGGAGGAAAGCAGCCUCUAUGAUGAUAUUGUGUUUGUGGAUGUUGUUGACACUUACCGAAAUGUUCCUGCAAAAUUAUUGAACUUCUAUAAAUGGACUGUGGAAACAACCAGCUUUGAUCUGUUGCUAAAGACGGAUGACGACUGUUACAUAGACUUGGAAGCUGUAUUUAAUAGAAUCGCCCUUAAGAAUCUGGAUGGACCUAAUUUUUGGUGGGGAAAUUUCAGAUUGAAUUGGGCCGUUGACCGAACUGGGAAGUGGCAGGAGCUGGAGUACCCCAGUCCUGCUUAUCCCGCCUUUGCGUGCGGCUCAGGGUAUGUCAUCACCAGGGACAUCGUCCACUGGCUGGCUGGCAACUCGGGGAGAUUAAAGACCUACCAGGGUGAAGAUGUAAGCAUGGGCAUUUGGAUGGCAGCCAUAGGACCUAAAAGAUACCAGGACAGCCUGUGGCUGUGUGAGAAGACCUGUGAAACAGGAAUGCUGUCUUCCCCUCAGUAUUCUCCGCAAGAACUAACACAGCUGUGGAAACUGAAGGAGUUGUGCGGUGAUCCUUGUCGGUGUGAAGCAAGAGGAUGAUGAGGACAACAGAAGUUCUGACACAGGAACUUUGAGAAGACGUGACAGCAAGCCUUUCACCUUUUGAAUUGUCAUGGAUUCUAUCAAGGAAAAGAAAAACCAUCAAGUUCUCUCGAAGGACAGUUACCUGUAAAACGAGCUCACGUGACAAGACCACAACUGUAAUGACAGCUGUCACUGUCAUUUCAUACUAUCAAUGUACCCAGGUAAAUGAUCAGGGAACGGCUCACCCACCACGUGGGCCACCAGAUCACAGUGUCACCACUUAGGGGGUCGUUUGGGAGGCUGGGGGAAACGGAGCCGAUGUUUGACCUAAGUGCCCUUUGAUGAUGAGUUUUCAUACCAUUUCAGCGGUGUUUAAUAUUUCCUCCUUAACCUGAAUAAACCAGAAAUCAUAUUCUCAGCACAGAAGAAUAAACGUGAGUGAAAUCAUUAA